AUGACAGAAAAUGGCACCGUACUUUCACCUGCGAGAAGUGUCUUUGGACAUGAUAAGGGUCAAGCACUUACGGGAAAGCAGGAGCAUUAUCUCAAGCGCGAGUUGAUCUCCCAACAAGUGAAAUACGAAAUCACCGAGUUGAAUUCUCCCACAGCAUUACAGAGAUUCGGCGCCCCAUUCAAAUCCGAUCGCGGGGAAGUAUCUCCUCUAGAUUCCGAGCUACCUAUUCUCAGAUACAUAUUCGUACAUCAUGUUCGCGAGUUCCCAUUUUUGGAUAAGGCAAAGGAGAAGGAGUUUUGGCAGGACAAACUACAGGUGUUCCUACAAUCUUUCGCGGAGAAGCAUAUUUCGUCAUCUGAAGACAGGCUCGAGGAAACAAAGCGCAGAAAGUUAUCCAUUAAAUGUCAGAAGCUAGUAGAGCUGAUGAUGGUGUCUGGUAUACCAACGGCUUCGGGGUAUGAGGAGAGGAUUAGAUUUUCUGAGUUGGAAGUUGUCGAUGCUGGCGCUAUUGAGCAUGGAGUUCUCUCGACCAUGCCAGAAGGUCAUUAUUUGCACGGCUGGGAUGUGAACGUUGCAGGAGUUAGAACAACCAAAGUCAAACGAAACAUCAGAUACCAUAAGCAUGCGGAAUUCAUUCUCCGAGUUAAGAAGAAGGGGGAGAUGCCAUACUUUAUUGGACGAAGAUAUGGUGAUUUUAGCAGACUUCACAAGAGGCUAAGAACAGAACUUCCUGGCAAAGUUCUCCCGCCCAUGCCAAAAAAAAAUAAGGAAAGUUCAACCGCCUCAAAUCUGAUUAGUGGCAUUACGGGUGGCAAGGAUUCCGACGCAUCUUCCAUGUCCUCGGUUUCAACCAUGGGAAAUCUGGGCGCUACAAGUGGCAUGAAAAGUCUGUCUGUCCGUGAUCAUCGUCGCUCUGGAUCGGCAGCGUCAUACGGAAGAUCAUCUCCUAGAGCAUCGACGUCAUCCCCACGACCAUCUGUAGACGGAAGCCUCAAAAGUCCUUCGACCCCUGUAACAGAUUCCGAUGGCACGACACUAUGGCGAGAAAACCAGCGUAUAUCCUUGAGAGCAUUUCUGCGUGGUCUUCUUACCAAUCCUCAAAUCGCUGGAACUCGAGCAAUGCAAGAUUUUCUGUCAAGUCAACCUAUUAAACUAAGCGAUGAAGAUGUAGAGGAUGUAGAGAGACGAAGGUUAAUGGAUGAGAAGAGAGUUGUAGAGCAGAAGCAGUUUUAUGAAAUAGCCAGAAAGCGUGCCGCUGAACUAGACAUAUACAUGGAAGAAUUUCGUCGCGAUAUUGUGGAAAGCAAUGGUCUCACCAAGUUAUUCAAGGAAAUCAAGGAUAAGCCAACCAUUCAAGAUCUCAGCAUCCAGUACCAGAAGUUUGCAGAAUGGCUACGAAUCGAAGUAGCAGCAACACUUUACCAUUUGUUCCUGGCAGAAGAUAAUUCUCCUGAAUUAUUCGCGCAAGCGAAAAAGAUCCAUUCUAUGAUACCAUAUACGAUUAUUAAGAACGCAAUCAGGAUAGCUAAUCCCGCGGCUGUUAUGUCCAGCAUAUUAGACAUCUUUUUAGCUCAACCUUUUGGAGCGAGAUCGCUCAUGCAAAGAAUCUUUUCUUUAACAUUAAACGAUGGCAUCAGAAGUUUCCAAAAAUCUAUCGACAGCCUUGAGGAUAAGGUCAACGAGCCCGUGUUCUGCGAGAAACUAAAGAAAUUCUCCGACGGUCCUGAGGAUCUCAAAAAUUCUAUCAGAGCUGAUGCAGAAGAGGAUAACGUAGACUUGAUUGUCGCCAUCCUGCGAUCAGACGCGAUCGAACCACAACUAAAUGCAACGCAAAUUGGAAAAAUAUUUAACGCUUAUGUGGCAUGGAACAAUGCUGUGGAGAAUGUUGAUGAGGAGAUGAAACAAGGUGCACAAUUAUUCUCAUACUUGAAACAGCUUCUUAAACUGUACACGAGACAACGGGACAAGGCUAUGAUGCUCAAUAUGAUUGAGGAGCCAGUUACACUACGCCUUCUUCGCGAUUUGUUCACCAUCUUUUACGAGCCCUUGGUACGGGUGUACAAAUCGGCAAACGUGUACAAUAGCGUCACUGAUUUUGCCGAUUUUAUUGAGGAUACUAUAAGCGUUGUCGACAAAUGCCGGGAGCAAGAUUUUUCAGCAGACCCUAACCAAACGGUUCAAGCAUUUAUUGAUUUAUGCCAACGACACGAACACAAUUUUUACAAAUUCGUUCACGAAGUCCAUACACAUGAUAAUGGACUGUUCACUCAAUUGAUGGGUUGGAUCGAGGGAAUUUUGGAAUUCCUUCGUCAAGGCCCUAAGGGUGGAAAACUUGACAUCAAUGCUCUUGUUAGCGGUGCCGUGAGCGUAAAUCAACUAAAUAAGGAAGUUGCCGUCAAUGAGAUAAACCAACUAAUUACUUGGCAAGAAGCACGUAAGAAGUGGCAUUCUGAUAAAACAAGACAAAAAAUGGCGGCGGAAGGUACAGGUGCUGUAGAGCAAGUACCUGGAGCGCUAGCAUUUAAGAGUGCCGAUUUUGGACUAGAUGAAAUGGAUCUUGAGGAGAUGACCUAUGAAGAAGACGAUGAGAGUAGUGAUGAGGACGAGGAGGACGACGAGUUGGACCCAAUUGCGGCAGAAAGAAAGAGAAGAGCAAGGAAACAAGACCAUUUGAGGAGAACAGCGGGAGAGCCUGUUAAGCCAGAUGUGCAAGAGGUGUAUAAAUUGAAGGAUGGAUUCUUGAGUAUGCUUAGAGGUGUACUUGCUGAGUAG